AUGGCGGACGGUGGCCGCUUCUACAGCGGUAAGUUACCCUGGGACAAGGCUUCAAACCUGCUUCUAAACAGUUGUUUUCCUCCUUUACCUAGAUCAGGAGGGAGUUGUCGUGCAGAGAGAUGUCACAAGCAAAGGCAAACUACCAGGAGGUAAAACGCCGAAGUGUGAACAAUUAAGUGAGGCGAUUGGCAUAUGGGGACAGGACAGCCGUUUACAUUUUCUGUGACCGACAUGUGACAGGCUUUUUAGGCUACAUCCCGAUUCAGAAACAACCCCCCUAGCACCCCUGGCUACCCCAUCCAGUGUUGACAAUUAUUUUUCAGUGAGAAUCGCGAUUGGCUUGAUUUGUCACUAUAUUACGUUUUGCCGUUGCCGCGACGACAUCACCGCACCAAUUGUUCUUGCUGCGGCACAACUGCGGUCCCCGACAGCGUUUUCGCCCACUCUCCGGCCACACACCCCCUCCCCUUGUGCUUCUCAGCCUGUGUGUGCACGGUUGUAGUGACUUCUGUUGCACAGACAGCUUCUCCCAAUCUCAUUUGAGGCAAAAUUGAGUCGGAAAAUUUGCAAAAUGCUGUACAAACCAUAGAAAUCAUCGGUGUCACCAAAGGCAGCCUGAAAAGUAACUGAAUUUAUCGCUAGCCUUUUUUUUACCAAUGAAAAUAUCUGCAGGGAUCUGAAAACUCGCUACAUUUGCAACACUGGUGAUGUUAGUCAGUUGGCCAGACUGAGGCAUGCUCAAUGUUUUAAAUGCUGAUGAAGUGUUUUUGCCAUUUAUUACAAAAAUGUGCAGCCACUUUAGUCACCUUUUUAAAAUAUGCAGUUAUGUGAUGAAUAAUCUACAAAUGUGUCGGUAAUAAUAACAACAUGAUAAUAUAUAUGAAUAAACAGAUAUUCAUACCAGAAGAUUGCCCUUACGAGGUUGUUUAUGAUGAUCCAUCCUCUCCCUCUCCCUCCCCCAGAGCAUGACAUCAGAGUUGCGGACCCUCAGUUCCGGGGGGGCCGUAUGGGUCGGGGCCCCUUUAGGGGCCCAGUCUACUACGACGGCCCGGCCAGGCAGCAGAGGUCUCGAGGGGGCCCAAUGGGUGGGUUCAGGGGCCCUGGACCGGGACCUCGGGUCCGCUUCGAAGAUAGCUAUGUAGACGUAACUAUGAACAGCGGGAGCCCACAGGAUGGCAGCUCUCACCGCAGAUUGUGAGUGAGAUUGCAUACUACUACUGUUACAUGGCAGCGAUAAGAUUGACUGUUACUGUCUAUAAAUAAAGAUACGAUUUGUGAGAUGAUUCUUUGUCAGGUAACACUGUGCACUCUGACCCCUUAGCAACCCAUACAGGUGGCCGAAUCGGAGAGGCGAUGGGCAAUUUGACCGAGACAGAAGAGGAGCUGGGGGCCACAGAGGAGGAGGAGAAAGAGGAGGUGGUGGAGGAGGAGGAAGAGACAAGAGCAGUUGGUACAAGAUGAUUGUGAGUAUCUUUAACAAAGAAUAUGACAAUUAUCUAUUUCAUUUUGAUAAACUAUUUUAUAGCCAACUAACUGCUCUCUCUGGCAGAUUCCCUAUGGGAGGAAAUACGACAAGAAGUGGCUGCUGACGGCUUUACAGAACCUGUGCUCCGUACCCUUCACACCUGUACAGGUAAGUUACUGGCAGACGGCCCAGCCGGGAUCAUAGAACUUGACUGAUGGGUUAAAUGUUGUUUUUCUGAUCACUGGGAUAGAGGAGUCUAAUGUAUGCUUUGAAACCUACAGUGGGGGAAAAAAAGUAUUUAGUCAGCCACCAAUUGUGCAAGUUCUCCUACUUAAAAAGAUGAGAGAGGCCUGUAAUUUUCAUCAUAGGUACACGUCAACUAUGACAGACAAAUUGAGAUUUUUUUUCUCCAGAAAAUCACAUUGUAGGAUUUUUAAUGAAUUUAUUUGCAAAUUAUGGUGGAAAAUAAGUAUUUGGUCACCUACAAACAAGCAAGAUUUCUGGCUCUCACAGACCUGUAACUUCUUCUUUAAGAGGCUCCUCUGUCCUCCACUCGUUACCUGUAUUAAUGGCACCUGUUUGAACUUGUUAUCAGUAUAAAAGACACCUGUCCACAACCUCAAACAGUCACACUCCAAACUCCACUAUGGCCAAGACCAAAGAGCUGUCAAAGGACACCAGAAACAAAAUUGUAGACCUGCACCAGGCUGGGAAGACUGAAUCUGCAAUAGGUAAGCAGCUUGGUUUGAAGAAAUCAACUGGGGAGCAAUUAUUAGGAAAUGGAAGACAUACAAGACCACUGAUAAUCUCCCUCGAUCUGGGGCUCCACGCAAGAUCUCACCCCGUGGGGUCAAAAUGAUCACAAGAACGGUGAGCAAAAAUCCCAGAACCACACGGGGGGACCUAGUGAAUGACCUGCAGAGAGCUAGGACCAAAGUAACAAAGCCUACCAUCAGUAACACACUACGCCACCAGGGACUCAAAUCCUGCAGUGCCAGACGUGUCCCCCUGCUUAAGCCAGUACAUGUCCAGGCCCGUCUGAAGUUUGCUAGAGUGCAUUUUGAUGAUCCAGAAGAGGAUUGGGAGAAUGUCAUAUGGUCAGAUGAAACCAAAAUAGAACUUUUUGGUAAAAACUCAACUCGUCGUGUUUGGAGGACAAAGAAUGCUGAGUUGCAUCCAAAGAACACCAUACCUACUGUGAAGCAUGGGGUGGAAACAUCAUGCUUUGGGGCUGUUUUUCUGCAAAGGGACCAGGACGACUGAUCCGGGUAAAGGAAAGAAUGAAUGGGGCCAUGUAUCGUGAGAUUUUGAGUGAAAACCUCCUUCCAUCAGCAAGGGCAUUGAAGAUGAAACGUGGCUGGGUCUUUCAGCAUGACAAUGAUCCCAAACACACCGCCCGGGCAACAAAGGAGUGGCUUUGUAAGAAGCAUUUCAAGGUCCUGGAGUGGCCUAGCCAGUCUCCAGAUCUCAACCCCAUAGAAAAUCUUUGGAGGGAGUUGAAAGUCCGUGUUGCCCAGCGACAGCCCCAAAACAUCACUGCUCUAGAGGAGAUCUGCAUGGAGGAAUGGGCCAAAAUACCAGCAACAGUGUGUGAAAACCUUGUGAAGACUUACAGAAAAUGUUUGACCUGUGUCAUUGCCAACAAAGGGUAUAACAAAGUAUUGAGAAACUUUUGUUAUUGACCAAAUACUUAUUUUCCACCAUAAUUUGCAAAUAAAUUCAUUAAAAAUCCUACAAUGUGAUUUUCUGGAAAGAAAAUUCUCAUUUUGUCUGUCAUGGUUGACGUGUACCUAUGAUGAAAAUUACAGGCCUCUCUCAUCUUUUUAAGUGGGAGAACUUGCACAAUUGGUGGCUGACUAAAUACUUUUUUCCCCCACUGUAUGUACAGUACCAGUAAAAAGUUUGGACACACCUACUCAUUCAAGGGUUUUUCUAUCUUUCUUUUUUUACAUUGUAGAAUAAUAGUGAAGACAUCAAAACUAUGAAAUAACACAUAUGGAAUCAUGUAGUAACUAAAAAAAGUGUUAAACAAAUCAAAAUAUAUUUUAUAUUUGAGAUUCUUCAAAUAGCCACCCUUUGCCUUGAUGACAGCUUUGCACACUCUUGGCAGUCUCUCAACCAGCUUCACCUGGAAUGCUUUUCCAACAGUCUUAAAGGAGUUCCCACAUAUGCUGAGCACUUGUUGGCUGCUUUUCCUUCACUCUGCCGUCCGACUCAUCCCAAACCAUCUCAAUUGGGUUGAGGUCGGGGAUUGUGGAGGCCAGGUCAUCUGAUGCAGCACUCCAUCACUCUCCUUCUUGGUCAAAUAGUCCUUACACAGCCUGGAGGUGUGUUGGGUCAUUGUCCUGUUGAAAAACAAAUGAUAGUCCCACUAAGUCCAAACCAGAUGGGAUGGCGUAUCGCUGCAGAAUGCUGUGGUAGCCAUAAGUGUGCCUUGAAUUCUAGAUAAAUCACAGACAGUGUCACCAGCAAAGCACCAUAACACCUCCUCCUCCAUGAUUUACGGUGGGAACUACACAUGCGGAGAUCAUCCGUUCACAUACACUGCGUCUCACAAAGACACGGUUUGAACCAAAAUUCUCAGAUUUGGACUCCAGACCAAAGGACACAUUUCCACCGGUCUAAUGUCCAUUGCUCGUGUUUGUUGGCCCAAGCAGGUCUCUUCUUCUUAUUGGUGUCCUUUAGUAGUGGUUUCUUUGCAGCAAUUUCACCAUGAAGGCCUGAUUCACACAGUCCCCUCUGAACAGUUGAUGUUGAUGUGUCUGUUACUUGAACUCUGUGAAGCAUUUAUUUGGGCUGCAAUUUCUGAGGCUGGUAACUCUAAUUAACUUAUCCUCUGCAGCAGAGGUAACUCUGGGUCUUCCAUUCCUGUGGCGGUGAGAGACAGUUUCAUCAUAGCGCUUGAUGGUUGUUGCGACUGCACUUUCAAAGUUAUUGAAAUGUUCCGUAUUGACUGACCUUAAUGUCUUAAAGUAAUGAUGGACUCUUUGCUUAUUUCAGCUGUUCUUGCCCAAAUAGGGCUAUCUUCUGUAUACCCCCCACCUUGUCACAACACAACUGAUUGGCUCAAACGCAUUAAGAAGGAAAUAAAUUCCACAAAUUAACUUUUAACAAGGCACACCUGUUAAUUGAAAGCUGGUUGAGAGAAUGCCAAGAGUGUGUAAAGCUGUCAUCAAGGCAAAGGGUGGCUAUUUGAAGAAUCUCAAAUAUAACAUAUGUUAUUUCAUAGUUUUGAUGUCUUCACUAUUAUUCUAUAAUUUCUUUUUACAAAUAAAGAAAAACCCUUGUUCAAACUUUUGACUGGUAGUGUAUGUCUGGCUAUUGUUUGUCUAUUAAACCUAGAAAUAUAGAAGUACAUGUUGAGGAUAUUUACAAGUGCAUUUAAGUAUUAGUAUUGUUUCUUUCUCUCUCUCUCUCAACCCCCCCCAUCCCUUUCAGUACCAGAUUGAAGGCCAUAAAGCCCAGUUCUACCUCGAGGAUGCCUGUUCAGCCAACGCACUGUGCAGAGUCUCUCGCCAAAUCACAGACACUGAGGGCUACAAGGUAAAGCAGCAUUCUCACUAACCGUUGGCUAUACUCCUGGCUAUUACAUUUACAUUUUAGUCAUUUAGCAGACGCUCUUAUCCAGAGCGACUUACAGUUAAGUGAGUGCAUACAUUUUCAUACUUUUUUCAUACUGGACCCCCGUGGGGAUCGAACCCACAACCCUGGCGUUGCAAACACCAUGCUCUACCAACUGAGCUACAGAGGACUUAUGUGUACUUUAUCCCUUCUAUUCCUCAACCCAUGAUCUCCCAAUUCAAUGUUAUUUGAUAAGAGCUGCAGAUUGAAUGUUAAUAUAUACUGAACAAAAAUAUAAACGCAACAUGUAAAGUGUUGGUCACAUGUUUCAUGAGCUGAAAUAAAAUAUCCCAGACAUUUUCCAUAUGCACAAAAAGCUUAUUUCUCUUAAAUUUUGUGCACAAAUUUGUUUACAUCCCUGUUAGUGAUAAUUUCUCCUUUGCCAGUAUAAUCCAUCCACUUGACAGGUAUGGCAUAUCAAGAAGCUGAUUAAACAGCUUGAUCUUUACACCGGUGCACCUUGUGCUGGGGACAGUAAAAGGCCACUCUAAAAUGUGCAGUUUUGUCACACAACACCAUGCCACAGAUGUCUCAAGUUUUGAGGGAGUGUGCAAUUGGCAUGCUGACUGCAGGAAUGUCCACCAGAGCUGUUGCCAGAGAAUUGGAUGUUCAUUUCUCUACCAUAAGUCGCCUCCAACGUCAUUUUAGAGAAUUUGGCAGUACGUCCAACCGGCCUCACAACCGCAGAGAACGUGUAACCACACCAGCCCAGGACCUCCACAUCUGCGGGAUCGUCUGAGGGGGUGCUGAGGAGUAUUUAUGUCUGUAAUAAAGCCCUUUUGUGAGGAAAAACUAAUUCUGAUUGGCUGGGCCCUGGCUCCCCAGUGGGUGGGCCUGGCUCCCAAGUGGGUAGGCCUAUGCCCUCCCAGGCCCACCCAUGGCUCCGCCCCUGCCCAGUUAUGUGAAAUCCAUAGAUUUGGGCCUAAUUAAUUAAUUUAUAUUGAUUGAUUUCCUUAUAUGAACUGUAACUCAGUCAAAUCGUUGCAAUUGUUGCAUGUUGUGUUUUUAUAUUUUUGUUCAGUAUAUUUAUUGUUGCCAUCUGUGGGCAGUGUUUGAAGUUACUACUUAUUUAUAACCAUGUUUAUGCUUCCUAUACCCCCCACCCCACCCCCACACACCGCUCCUCUCUUCUCCAGGUGAUAGUGCUUAUGAACCCCUGUCCUCCUCCCUCCAUCCUCAACACCCAACUGAAGCCUGAGGACAUGGAGCACUUAAAGGUGAGAGAUGGAGGGAGGGGUGAGCGAUGAAAAUAAUAUGGAUGAAUAUGAGUAACUUCUGUAAUAUCUCCCUCAGCAAUGCAUGGCCAAGCGCUUUGAUGGCUCCCAGCGAGCACUGGACCUGAACAACAUCCGUACUGACCCAGGUAGCACCCCAUACUACCUGGAGAUUCAAACUAACCACUCUUUCUAUCUUCCUCUGUCCUGGUCUAAAAUGUAUGUACCUCUGUUUCAGACUUGGUGUCUCAGAACAUCAGGGUGAUCUUGAGCAGAAAGACCUUUAUGGAUGCUGUGGUCAAGAUCAUUGAGGAAAACAUCCCUGAGGUAAUACUAUAAUAAUACCCAAUCUAUACCCAUACAGUUUUAUUUUGUUGAGCUAAAAUGUGUAGAUCUCUUGUCCUAUUCUCUUAUCUCAGCUGGUGUGUCUGAACCUGAGCAAUAACAAGCUGUAUAAACUGGAAGAUGUGGCAGAUCUGAUAAGCAAGGCCCCACACCUGAAGACCCUCAACCUCUCCCACAAUGAGGUGAGAGAAGAGACUGACCCUUAACCCUAAUCUCUAACCUUGUCUAUUCAUUUGGGGGCGAAUCCUAACUUCCACAUCACAUUUUUACUUUGUCAUGCAUUGAUGUCAAUGAGAGAUUAGAAGUCUGGAUUUUCCCCUUAAUCUGCUCGCUUAACCUUUUCCCACUCAAUCCUCUUCUUUCUUUCUCCAUCUUCUCAGUUGAAGUCAGAUAAGGAGCUGGAUAGGUUGAAGGGUUUGAAGCUGGUUGAGCUGUGGUUGGACCGUAACCCACUGUGUGACCAGUUCAAGGACCAGCGCACCUACAUCAGGUCAGUCUCUGAGCCUGGGGGUUAGGCUGUGUGGGGGUUAGUUAGUAGGUAGAUAGAUAGAUAGGAGCACUGACAUAGUCCAGUGGAUGUCGCGGCCCUGUUGACUCCAUUACUUUUGAGUGGGUGUGGGAUGUGACUUCUCUGUUCCUGUUCCCUCUCCAUGGUGAACAUCAGUGCCAUGAGGGAGAGGUUUCCCCGGCUGCUCAAACUGGUAAGAUUUUCGCUUUUCUUCUCAGAUCCUCUCCAUCUUUGUCUGCAUCUGAUUUGUUUGUUUGUUUGUUUCCUGUUGUUGUUUUGUUGUGUUGUUCUGUAGGAUGGUCAUGACCUCCCCCCGCCGAUAGUGUUUGAAGUGGUAGCACCCACCACCAUCCCCCCCUGCAAGGUCUGGUCCGUUUUGGUUCACAGAAUAACAAAAGGUGCACUUGAUUCAGCUUGCUCGCUUGGUUGACAGAUGCUCUUUUCUUUGACCAAUCUAGGGUAGCUACUUCGGUUCAGAAGAAAUCAAGGUCCUCAUCUUGCAUUUCCUGCAACAGUAAGUGUAUUCACAUAUCUUUUGUCAAGAUUCAAGUAUAUUCCUUCAUAAAGGAUAUCUUUGUCACGUCUAAGACAAGCAACAAAAUGCAUACUACCGCGCUCUGAGAAAAUCUGUCCAAAUCAAAGUAUGCGAAACUGAGCACGGGGGGCACAUCUCGAAGGCGUACUCCGUUUGUACAUAUUUUGAAGCAUGCAUCGAUGCAAGCUUCAACGGAAAGUAUGCAAAGAAAUAUGAAGCAACCAUGUAAAAAAUUACGCACAAUUUAUUGAAAUGAAUGGCAACCAUUAUUUGAGCUGAAGCAAGAGAAAAUACACUCAGACAUCGUAAUUAAAUGUUGCCUAUUCACAUCUCAUAUGUUGCCGGACUACAAUAUUUUAUCUUGAUACGUUAAUAAAUACAUGCUGUGUUGAUUUUGGCAUGUUUACCUGCCUACGUACCGUAUAUCACAAGCCCAUACAUAAUAAGUCAAUAGGGCUAACUGGCUAGCUACUAGUACUGUUAGCUAGCCAGAUAGCCACAAAGAAUUGACAUCUAUCUUGCAUAAUAUUAGUUUUAGUUUAACAGGCAAAAUGACCUAUCUGGUUAGCUACAUUAUUACGAUUCACAUAUAGCUAGGUGAUAGUUAUAUAGUAAAACGGUUGCUUUCUGUAUAUCUUGUUUCUUCUCUAUUGCCAUUGCUGUCCUGGCUGGAAGACGGUUCAGUGAAUGGGUAAGUCUAUAGUAAGUCAAUAGGGCUAACUGGCUGGCUAGCUAGCCACGAAGAAUUGGUAGCUACCCACAAAACAUGUACAUCUACCUUGCAUAACUUUAGUUUUAGGUCAUUUUGCCUGUAACUAGCUGGCUAGCUAGAUUAUUACGAUUCACAUAUCUAGCUGAUAAUUCUGAAGUAAAACGUUUGCUUUGUGUAUAUCUUGUUUUGUCUAUUGUUGCCAUUGUUCUGGCAGGAAGAAGGUUCAGUGAAUGGGGAGGUGAAGCGUGAGAUAAUACAGUAGGGAGAGUGGGAGUGCUUCUCAAAUGUAAUGUUUUAUGCAUUCUCCACACUCGUCCUCACAAGAACGCACUCAAGAGAACGUGGUCGGAGAAUGUACUCAGAGCAUGAGAGUGUGGAGUGCGGUAGUAUGCAUAUUGAGAAACACCCAGUGUGUAUGACCUCUAUGACAGCUAUUACAGCAUUAUAACCUCUGAUGGGUACUACAGUGUUAUAACCUCUCUGACGGGUACUAUAGUGUUAUAACCUCUCUGACGGGUACUACAGUGUUAUAACCUCUCUGACGGGUACUAUAGUGUUAUAACCUCUCUGACGGGUACUAUAGUGUUAUAACCUCUCUGACGGGUAGUACAGUGUUAUAACCUCUCUGACGGGUAGUACAGUGUUAUAACCUCUCUGACGGGUAGUACAGUGUUAUAACCUCUCUGACGGGUACUAUAGUGUUAUAACCUCUCUGACGGGUAGUACAGUGUUAUAACCUCUCUGACGGGUAGUACAGUGUUAUAACCUCUCUGACGGGUAGUACAGUGUUAUAACCUCUCUGACGGGUACUACAGUGUUAUAACCUCUCUGACGGGUACUACAGUGUUAUAACCUCUCUAUGACGGGUACUACAGUGUUAUAACCUCUCUGACAGGUACUACAGUGUUAUAACCUCUCUAUGACAGGUACUACAGUGUAUAUGACUCUGGGAACAGACAGCCUCUUCUAGAAGCCUACCAUGAUGGUGCCUCCUUCUCACUUAGUUUGCCAUCCAGCCAGAACCCAAACAGGUCUCUCACACACACACACACACACAGUGCCAUACACAUUUCUCCAUCUGAAUGUCUGGAUCGUGGGGGUUACGAAUUACAUAUUUCUUUUUUAUAUUUUUCUGUCUUCAUAGGUGUAGUUUGAGCGAGUACCAUAAAGACAGCCGUAACAUAAAGCGACUCAAAGAUCCAUGUGAGUCUUCCAAAUAUUUGUCAAUAACCCAAGUCUGUCAUCGACAGAUUUGUCUGUUGUAUUUCUGUAAUAAUGUGUGCAUCUUCUAAAUGUCUCCUGAGUGGCGCAGUGGUCUAAGGCACUGCAUCGCAGUGCUAACUGUGCCACUAGAGAUCCUGGUUCGAAUCCAGGCUCUGUCGCAGCCGGCCGUGACCGGGAGACUCAUGGGCGGCGCACAAUUGGGCCCAGCGUCGUCCAGGGUAGGGGAGGGAAUGGCCGGCAGGGAUGUAGCUCAGUUGAUAGAGCAUGGCGUUUGCAACGCCAGGGUUGUGGGUUUGAUUCCCACGGGGGGCCAGUAUAAAAAAAAAUAUGUAUUCACUAAACUGUAAGUCGCUCUGGAUAAGAGCGUCUGCUAAAUGACUAAAAAUGUAAAUGUAAAUGCUUCCCUCUGGAAUCUGCUCCCCACAGCAACACGGUUCCGACUGCUGAAGCACACACGGCUGAACGUGGUGGCGUUGCUCAACGAGCUGCCUAAAACUCAGCAUGACACGGCCUCCUUCAAUGUAGACGUCAACACCCACACGGUUAGGCAAUAUCUGAUUUUAUAGUUAAUGUUGCAUUCUCAAUACUAUCAUUAUUAGUUCUAAGUUCUUCUGUUCAUGGGUGGGUUUUUUGUUUUUGUUUUUUAAAACCUUGGAUUUUCUAUUUUUCAGACCACAUUACUGUCCUUCACGGUCAGCGGAAUGUUCAAAGAAGUCGAUGGUAAAUCUCAAGAAGCGGUUAGGGCCUUCUCUCGGGUCUUCAUCGCAGUUCCUGCUGGGACUUCUGGGUAAGUCGAAUGAGGACCCUCGUUCACCUGAUUUUAGUUCUAAAAACUCAAAUACGUCUCUUAUAAGACUGUCUGUGUGCUGAAGAAUGCUAAAAUGAUAUAUCUUAUAUGAUAUACGAAAACAAUCGUCAACGAAUAUUAAUAAAUAUUGGCAUCAGUAAAAAGAUAAACAAAAAAAAUAACAGGCCAACUGGUCCUAAAUUAAAGAAAUCGGGGGGGAUACAUUGAAAGAACGUUUCAAACCAUUUGCCUCCGUUUCUCCCUUCUCCAGUCUGUGCAUAGUGAACGACGAGCUGUUUGUGCGCAUUGCCACAACGGAGGAGAUCCAGCGUGCGUUCACUGCUUCCGCCCCCACUCCCUCCAGCAGUCCAGCGCCCACCCUCAACACCCCCCAGCAGGAGAUGCUCUCUGCCUUCUCCCUCAAGUCUGGCAUGAACCUUGAGUGGUCGCAGAAGUAAGUUUGUGGGCGUGUUCGAGCAGAUACAUUUUGCUAAGUCAUUGGUCACCGCCUUUCAAAGUGAGUUGCAUUAUGGGGAUAAAAUGUGUCCGACUUUUGUCUACAUGUCGACUGCAUGAACUUUAUAAAAACCAUGUGAUCAAAGGUCAUGCAGUUUUUUUAUGAAGUCGCCUUCAAGUCGCUGCAGUUGCUUUUCACCGGUUGCACCAUGCAGCCGUCGCCUGGCUACUGGGAGGUACUAUUUGUCAACCAAUCAUUAGGGUGUUUUUCUUUGACCCACGCGAACGGUACCCAAGAUGUAACGGAAACAGGAACCAACUUUUCCACAAUUCAGAUCAUAUUCAGUUCAUAUUCAUACAGUGGAUAUGUACAAAUAGUGAUAUUUUGAGGCGCUCUCCUGAUGAAACUACGGAGGAGAGUAAAUUAAAUUUAGAUCACCUUUACUCCACACACAGAGACUCAUACAAAGCUCUCCCUCGCCCUCCAUUUGGCAAAUCUGACCAUAACUCUAUCCUCCUGAUUCCUGCUUACAAGCAAAAACCUAUACAGGAAGUACCAGUGACACGCUCAAUUCUGAAGUGGAUUGAUGAAGUGGAUGCUAAGCUACAAGACUGUUUUGCUAGCAUAGACUAGAAUAUGAUCCGGGAUUUAUCCGAUGUCAUUGAGGAGUUUACUACAUCAGUCACCGGCUUCAUUAAUAAGUGCAUCGACGACGUCGUCCCCACAGUGACUAUACGUACAGUGCCUUCAGAAAGUAUUCGCACCCCUUGACUUUUUCCACAUUUUGUUGUGUUACAGACUGAAUUUAAAAUGGAUUAAAUAGAGAUGUUUUGUCACUGGCCUACACACAAUAAGUGUUCAACCCCUUUGUUAUGGCAAGCCUAAAUAAGCUGAACAAAAAUAUAAAUGCAACAUGCAACAAUUGCUAAGAUUUUACUGAGUUACAGUUCAUAUAAGGAAAUCAGUCAAUUUAAUUAAAUUCAUUAUGCCCUAAUCUAGGGAUUUCACAUGACUGGGAAUACAGAUAUGCAUCUGUUGGUCACAGAUACCUUUAAAAAAAAGGUAGGGGCGUGGAUCAGAAAACCAGUCAGUAUCUGGUGUGACCACCAUUUGCCUCAUGCAGCGCGACACAUCUCCUUCGCACAGAGUUGAUCAGGCUGUUGAUUGUGGCCUGUGGAAUGUUGUCCCACUCUUCUUCAAUGGCUGUGUGAAGUUGCUGGAUAUUGGUGGGAACUGGAACACGCUAUCAUACAUGUCGAUCCAGAGCAUCCCAAACAUGCUCAAUGGGUGAUAUGUCUGGUGAGUAUGCAGGCCAUGGAAGAACUGGGCCAUUUUCAGCUUCCAGGAAUGGUGUACAGAUCCUUGUGACAUGGGGCCAUGCAUUAUCAUGCUGAAACAUGAGGGGAUGGCGGCGGAUGAAUGGCACGACAAUGGGCCUCAGGAUCUCGUCACGGAAUCUCUGUGUAUUGAAAUUGCCAUUGAUCAAAUGCAAUUGUCUUCGUAGCUUAUGCCUGCCCAUACCAUAAUCCCACCAUGGGGCACUCUGUUCACAAUGUUUACAUCAGCAAACCGCUCGCCCACACGAUGCCAUACACGUGGUCUGCAGUUGUGAGGCCGAUUGGGCAUACUGCCAAAUUCUCUAAAACAACGUUGGAGGUGGCUUAUGGUAGAGAUAUUAACAUUAAUUUCUCUGGCAACAGCUCUGGUGGAUAUUCCUGCAGUCAGCAUGCCAAUUGUACAAUCCCUCAAAACAUGAGACAUCUGUGACAUUGUGUUGUGUGACAAAACUGCACAUUUUAGAGUGGCCUUUUAUUGUCCCCAGCACAGGGUGCACCUGUGUAAUGAUCAUGCUGUUUAAUCAGCUUCUUGAUAGGCCACACCUGUCAGGUGGAUGGAUUAUCUUAGAAAAUGAGAAAUGUUCACUAAAUUGAAGAGAAAUUUGCUUUUUGUGCGUAUGGAACAAUUCUGGGAUAUUUUAUUUCAGCUCAUGAAACAUGGGACCAACACUUUACAUGUUGCGUUUUAUAUAUAUUUUCAAUAUACAGUAUCAGUCAAAAGUUUGGACACACCUACUCAUACCAGGGUUUUUCUUUAUUUGUACUAUUUUCUAAAUUGUAGAACAAUAGUGAAGAUAUCAGAACUAUGAAAUAACACAUAUGGAAUCAUGUAGUAACCAAAAAAGUGUUAAACAAAUCAAAAUAUAUUUGAGAUUUCAGAUUCUUCAAAGUAGCCACCCUUUGCCUUGAUGACAGCUUUGCACACUCUUGGCAUUCUCUCAACCAGCUUCAUGAGAUAGUCACCUUGAAUGCAUUUCAAUUAACAGGUGUGCCUUCUUAAAAGUUAAUUUGUGGAAUUUAUUUCCUUCUUAAUGCGUUUGAGCCAAUCAGUUGUGUUGUGACAAGGUAGGGGUGGUAUACAGAAGAUAGCCCUAUUUGAUAAAAGACCAAGUCCAUAUUAUGGCAAGAACAGCUCAAAUAAGCAAAGAGAAAUUACAGUCCAUCAUUACUUUAAGACAUAAAGGUCAGUCAAUACAGACAAUUUCAAGAACGUUGAAAGUUUCUUCAAGUGCUGCAAAGAAACCACAACUAAAGGACACCAAUAAUAAGAAAAUACUUGCUUGGGCCAAGAAACACGAGCAAUGGACAUUAGACCGGUGGAAAUCUGUCCUUUUGGUAUGAUGAGUCCAAAUUUGAGAUUUUUGGUUCCAACCACCGUGUCUUUGUGAGACACAGAGUAAGUGAACGGAUGAUCUCCGCAUGUGUGGUUCCCACCAUGAAGCAUGGAGGAGGAGGUGUGAUGGUGUGGGGUGCUUUGUUGGUGACACUGUCUGUGAUUUAUUUAGAAUUCAAGGCACACUUAACCAGCAUUGCUACCACAGCAUUCUGCAGCAAUACGCCAUCCCAUCUGGUUUGGGCUUAGUCCCACUAUCAUUUGUUUUUCAACAGGACAAUGACCCAACACACCGCCAGGCUGUGUAAGGGCUAUUUGACCAAGAAGGAGAGUGGUGGAGUGCUGCAUCAGAUGACCUGGCCUCCACAAUCACCCGACCUCAACCCAAUUGAGAUGGUUUGGGAUGAGUUGGACCGCAAAGUGAAGGAAAAGCAGCCAAUAAGUGCUCAGCAUAUGUGGGAACUCCUUCAAGACAGUUGGAAAAGCAUUCCAGGUGAAGCUGGUUGAGAGACUGCCAAGAGUGUGCAAAGCUGUCAUCAAAGCAAAGGGUGGCUACUUUGAAGAAUGUAAAAUAUAUUUGGAUUUGUUUAACACUUUUUGGGGGGUUACUACAUGAUUCCAUAUGUGUUUUCAUAGCUUUGAUGUCUUCACUAUUAUUCUACAAUGUAGAAAAUAGUAAAAAUAAAGAAAAACCCUUGAAUGAGUAGGUGUGUCCAAACUUUUGACUGGUACUGUAUGUAAAUUAGAUUUCUGUAUUUCAUUUUCAAUACAUUUGCAAACAUUUCUAAAAACAUUUUCACUGUCAUUAUGGGGUAUUGUGUGUGUGUGUGUAGAUGGGUGAGAGGAAAAACAUCAUAUUUAAUCAAUUUUGUAUUCAGGCUGUAACACAACAAAAUAUAGAAUAAGUCAAGGGGUAUGAAUACUUUGUGAAGGCACUGUUCAUGUUUCAAGUAGACCACCAUAGUCACUGUGCCCAAGAACGCCAAGGUAACCUGUCUAAAUUACUAUCGCCCCGUAGCACUCAAGUCUCUAGCCAUGAAGUACUUUGAAAGUCUGGUCAUGGCUCACAUCAACACCAUCAUCCCAGACCCCCUGGACCCACUCCAAGUCGCAUACCGCCCUAACCGAUCCACAGAUGACGCAAUCUCUAUUACACUCCACACUGCCCUUUCCCACUUGGACAAAAGAAACACCUUCGUGAGAAUGCUGUUCAUUGACUACAGCUCAGCGUUCAACACCAUAGUGCCCUCCAAGCUCAUCACUAAACUAAGGUCCCUGGGACUGAACACCUCCCCCUGCAACUGGAUCCUGGACUUCCUGACAGGCCGCCCCCAGGUGGCGAGUGUAGGCAUCAACACAUCCACCACGCUGACCCUCAACACGGGGGCCCGUCAGGGGUGCGUGCUUAGUCCCCUCCUCUACUCCCUGUUCACCCACACACGACUCCAACACCAUCAUUAAGUUUUCCAACGACACGGCGGUGGUAGGCCUGAUCACCGACGACGAUGAGACAGCCUAUAGGGAGGAGGUCAUUGACCUGGCAGUGUGGUGCCAGGACAACAACUUCCCCCUCAACGCCAGUAAGACAAAGGAGCUGAUCGUGGACUACAGGAAACGGAGGGCCGAGCACGCCCCCAUUCACAUCGACAGGGCUGUAGUGGAGUGGGUUGAGCGCUUCAAGUUCCUCUGUGUCCACAUCACUAAGGAUCUAUCAUGGUCCAAACACACCAACACAGUCGUUUUAGAGGGUACAACAAUGCCUCUUCCCCCUCAGGAUGCUGAAAAGAUUUGGCAUGGGCCCUCAGAUCCUCAAAAAGGUCUACAGCUGCACCAUCGAGAGCAUCUUGACUGGUUGCAUCACCGCUUGGUAUGGCAACUGCUUGGCAUCAACAGGGGGUUACAGUGGGUAGUGCUUACGGCCCAUUACAUCACUGGGGCCGAGGUCCCUGCCGUUCCAGGACCUCUAUACCAGGCGGUGUCAGAGGAAGGCCCCAAAAAAAUUCAGACUCCAGCCACCCAAGCCACAGACUGUUCUCUCUGCUACCGCACAGCAAGCGGUAAACAACCCUGAGCAGCUUUUACCCCCAAGCCAUAAAACUUGUAAACAGCUAAAUAGCUAAUCAGAUGGCUACCCGGACUACCUGCAUUUACCUGUUUUUGCACUAACUCUCUUGCACUGACUCUAUGCACACACACUGGACUCUACCCACACACUCAACACAUACUUACACUGACACCCCAACACACACAUACAUACUACAUACGCCCACACAACAUGCACACACAUGCAUACUAACGCCACACACACACUUUCACACUCACCACAUAUGCUGCUGUUACUGUCUUGUCUAUCCUGUUGCCUAGUCACUUGAGCCCUACCUAUAUGUACAGUACAUAGCUACUUCAAUUACCUUGUAUUUCUGCCAUGUUAUUUACUACUCCCUAUUCAUGGGUGCAUGUUUCAUCACUAUUGUUUUGAACAUUCGUUUUGAACUAAUGCCUGACUGAGCAUUCUACUCAAUGCAUCAUGAGCGCUGAUGAAGGUUUGAUAAAAAGUGCAUUAGUGGCUUGGAAAUACUAUGACAUUCAAAAGAAGGCAAAUAAUUAGUAGGAAAACCUUUAUCAUCAUUUUGAUUUCACCAGAUUGACUUUAGAUGUAGUAUAACCACAGAUUUUUAUAACUAAACCAUGAUAGACGACAGCCUUUCGUUUCCAAUGAAAACAAAUGAGCCUUAGUUUGGCAGAACGAGCAAAGACGUGGGCAGAUCCAAGCACGAUUUAGCGAGGUCCUAUUAGCGUGUUCUAGCAUCAUCUGCAUAUUUCCGUUAGGGAACUCCUACUUUGUGAAGUGCGCGUGUGCAAUAACUCAAUUGGCCUUUGCACUCCUUCUAAACGACGCAAUUUUUUAAAACUUUUGCAAAGGGUAAAGUAUGUAAACCUUAGUACACUCUGUUCAUAACAGAUUUGAGUUUUGGGAACAGAAAACUGUAUUGAGAUCAAAUGUUUCAUCGAUGAGAACAUUUGCAGAAUGUCGGCCAAAAUUAAUGUCGUUCAAUCUCCUCCCACUGCCCGCCAGUGGGGCUUCCUCUCACUACCAUAGUGAGUGGAAACGCCAAGCGGAUGCUUCACAUUUAUACAUCCAGUGAAAUAUCUGUCUCAUUGUUCUAUCUGUGGUAUAACGUUAGCUAGCUAGCUAAUAUUGAGGGGAGGCCACCGGAUUUUAGCUAGCUAAUGUUAGCACUGCUAGCAAUUUUUGACUAAUUUUGAUAGCUAAUGACAACAUUGCCAUCUGUCUAAAGUAAAUUUGACGACCAAAUAUUUCACCACUUUAACAAUAUCAUCGUAUUUCCAGGCACUAUAGUGUAAUUUAGAUGAAACAGUAGUUAGCCUGCGUCCAGAAUGACUGGGUUUAUCACCACUUUAGGGCACCACUAUGGCGCUGCCGAUAGAGGGUGGCUUGAGAACAUUCAUAACAAUCGCAUGACGCGACCGACUGACUGAGGUGCAACCUAUGAAGACACCGAGUGUACGAAACAUUAGGAACACCUUGCUAAUAUUGAGUUGCACCCCCUUUUGCCCUCAGAACAGCCUCAAUUCAUUCUGGCAUGGACUCUACAAGGUGUCAAGCGUUCCACAGGGAUGCUGGCCCAUGUUGACUCCAAUGCCUCCCACAGUUGUAUCAAGUUGGCUGGAUGUCUUUGGGUGGUGGACCAUUUCUUGAUACAUACGGGAAACUGUUGAGUGUGAAAAACCCAUCAGCGUUGUAGUUCUUGACACUCAAACUGGUGCGCCUGGCACCUACUACCAUACCCCAUUCAAAGGCACUUUAAUAUUUUUUUAUUAACAUUUAUUUAUUUUAUUUUGUCUUGCCCAUACACCCUCUGAAUGGCACACAUACACAAUCCAUUUCUCAAUUGUCUCAAGGCUUGAAAAUUGGAGGGUUGGAGACAUGUUUAUUUCGACAUUACAAAGAUAAACUUUUAUAAACAAUGGCAACACUGCCACGUUGCACAGAGCCGUGCUGUAGGUAAACCACAACAGUGUCCGACUGUCGGCUGUCGUAGAUGCACCUCCCCCAACUUAACUCAUCGACUUUCCUCUACUGUUGUCUGUGUUAGCAUUAUUACUGCUCGAACACACCCUGUGUGUGCGUGUUUGACAGAGGGUAAAUGUUAAAGGUCAAAUUGUAAAGGUCGAUGUUUGGUGCAGAAACAUUCACUGUGACGUUCUCUCUGUCAGGUGUCUUCAGGACAAUGAGUGGGAUUUCAACAAAGCUGCACAGAUCUUCACACAAUUAAAGGUAAAGUAUCAUGAAUUAACUGUCAAAUAAAAUAUUGAUUAAAUACAUAUUCUGAGUUUUUCACUUUGUCCAACUAAAUGUUUUUCUCCUCUCCGUCUCCCUCAGAUUGAAAGCAAGAUCCCAGAUGUCGCUUUUAUAAAGUGAAGAGUAGGAAGAAUACAUGCUGUUGAUAGUGAACAUUAGAUUUUCGGUUAAGAAUUGAACAAGAAUAGAAUAAUUGUAUAUAUUUUAUAUGGGUUUUGGUUUUAUCCUUUAUUCUUUGUAUUGUUUUACUGAAGUAGAAAGAAUAUCCACAACAUUUAAUUUCUGCCCCAUUGUUUUAGUAACAGUGUCAAGGUUGUUUGACUUGAUGACUGAUGUGAUGAUAUAAUCUUGGUUAUUGUAACCUUAGUUUAAAGUCAUGUUUUCAUUGUAAUACAGUAAAAGAAAAAGCCAUUGGUUUUGAAUUUGUGUUAAACCUGUUUAAGAUUGUUAUAAAAAUGACUAUCAAAAUGUAUCAAAUUCACACAUGCUCUGAAAAUAAAUUGUAUUCCACACACAGC